AUGGGUAGCAUCGCUGAGCCUCCGGCGACCGGCUCGCCCAACCAUCCCACCACCGCGAAGCGCACCUCAUCCGUCGCGCACACCGGCCCAACCAUCUACUCUCGCGACUUCGCCUACAUCGACAAUGGUCCGGUAGUGGUGGUGCCUGCACGCGUGGUGCGCGCUGACAUCUUGACGUCCAGCGCAAAGACUUUCGCCGGGUUGCUGUCUGGGCCGACGGUCGACAUUCGUGUCGGACCGGAGAGAAAGCAUUGGAGCUUACAUCGCAAUCUCCUAUGCCAUCACUCCUCCUACUUCGAGACCGAGCUUCGCGUAGACGAGAAGGCCGAGACCAAUGGGACAAAGCACCACCAGCUGCAUCUUCCACAUGAUGACCCACUUGGCUUUGAGCUGCUCGUGAAGUGGCUAUACCAAGGGCAACUCGAAGAUGCAUCACAAAUGUCAGAUGAGGCCAAGUAUGACUAUGCCGUGGCCUGUCACAAGUUGUAUCUGCUUUGCGACAGGUUCGACAUGAUUCGUCUGAAGGACAUCUCCAUGGACCAGUAUCGGCAGUGCUUGAACGAGUCGCAGCUUGUUCCAGAUGCAGACGAGAUCAACGACAUAUAUCGCGCCUCACCAGUCGGCUCUCCAUUUCGUUCCCUCAUGAUCAGAAUCGCCGCGCGGCAAAUCAUGGACCCAGAAGUAGCUCGAGAUGCGGAAGCGUACCGAAAGUGCUUCGUGAACAACCCCGACUUCGCCAUACAAAUGGUCAAUGCUAUACGCAGCAUGUCUGGUGGUAUCCUAUUCGACGAUCCGACCCAUGGUGGCGAGUGCACAUAUCACGAUCAUGAUAAUGUCUCGGGCUGCCAGCUCGAGGGCAAAGGCAAGGCCAAAGCGACCAAAGCAGGAGCUGUCAAUGGGCAAGGUCUCUCGCGAAUCAGCGGCGGAAACUCACAGAACGAUGACGCCCUGCGAGCACCUCCUGCUGAGCUGACACCAGCGAGGCGAACGCCCCGAAAGUUGAAGGGACCGGGGCAGGUACCGUCGACAGCGGAGAGUACGAUUGCCUCAGAAACUGCGAUAAUCCAGCCUAUGUCUGCAGGAUGUUUGAGCACAGCGGCUCUAGCCGACUCACACCACAGCCCUCAUGCCGCAAAGAAUGGCGAGAAACCUGCGACGCAAGCGAAUAUCCGGUCUACGAGAGUGCCAUCAAGUGCACCACCGAAGCUGGAGAGACGAAGCCUUGACGGCUACAGAAAAGCGCCUUCUCAGCGGCCACUGGGUAUCACUUGUAAUGGGGUGCCGCCUCACCACACCCCUGUACGCGUCGCUUCACCAUUCGACUCAAUGGACACCGCCGCAGAAGGACAACAUGGCGUAAGGAUGCGUAUACCUCUUACUCAGGGGCUCGUCAUGCAGCAGGGGAUCAAAUCGCCACUUAAUACGAGAGACAGCAAUCAACAAACCUCCAUCCAUGUCAACGAUGUCGUGGCAAACCCUGCCAUCGUGUCUCCCUCGCUGGGUAAGGAGAACAGACCGCUCUCGAGGGCCAACUUGGCUAAGGCAGAUCGCCUCCAUGCCACCACCAGUGAGCAUCACAAUAGUGUGCAGUCAACCGCGCGACUGUCAGCGACUGCUAAACACAAUCGCCACAUGAAUGGCAUACGUACGAUCGACGGCACAGAUACCGACAACGGCAGUACGGUUUCUGCCCAGUCACGGAAACGAAAGAUGCAGGAUCGCACUCGGAGGAAAGCACGCAGGAAUCACAGUAGUGCCUUGAGAGCUGCACCUGAGGCUGACAAGACACCGAACGGUGUCGCAAGACCAACGUUAGAAAGGUCUUCGACCAGUCAUUCGAGUACGAUCAGUCGUACCGCAAGCGGGACUGCAAGUGUGGCAAGCGGGCCUCGUAAAUUAAGCAGAGUCAGCUCUGUUGUCAAGGUUCGCAAUGGGAAUGGCGGAAUGACCAGUAUUGAUGGCAAACGUCCUGGUGUGAUGCAUAGCAUUCCUAUUGGACGACAGCCGCCGAAGCUUCGGCUGAACUCACGACAGACAUGA